ACAAUGUCAAGUGAUGAAUAUGAGACACCCGAAUCAACACCAGCUCCAUCAACCCCAACAUCAACAACAGCGACUACUCGAACAGCCGCUCAAUUCACAACCAGAUCUACCAACUCAUCAGACGGAGGAGGAGGAGGUAGAGGUGGAAGUGGAAGCUCUUCCUAUGGUGGUCUAAAAGAUUCAUCUGUCUCAUUCAAGGACGACAGUUAUCCACUGAAGCAUGGUUGUGAUGAUAAUUGGACUUGGUCGAAACGACAUCGUUCAAAAGAGGUCGUUUUGAGUGGGCCCAACAACAGAACUGUGCAUUUCCAUCCUAAUUGGAGCAAAGGAACGGCGGGUGUUCAAGGCAAACGGCCGUUGAAUAAUGGCCGUUUCUAUUGGGAGUUGCAUGUGACGCAGCGAGUUUUCGGAACUAGCAUUAUGUUCGGUAUUGGGACCAAAAAUGCGCGAUUGCAUGCGAAUUCAUUUCGCAAUAUGUUGGGUGAGAACGAGCACGGUUGGGGCUUGUCGCACAAAGGUGUGCUAUGGCAUAAAGGAGUUGCUUUGUUAUAUACAAGUCGAUUUCGGGAGAAUCAAGCGACUGUGAUUGGCAUUUUGUUUGAUGGGAUCGAAGGUACAUUGACGUACUAUAAGGAUGGCGAGUGUUUAGGAGUGGCGUUCCGAGGGCUCGAUAAAAUCAAGGAACCCCUCUAUCCAAUUGUCUGUUCAACAGCAGCAAAAACCGAAAUGACACUUAAAUGUGCCCGACGCGAUUUUGUGAACCUUCAGGAUCGCUGUCGAGCCGAAAUCAUCAAACAUGUUAAAAAUCGUCGUGAAUUAGCUAAGCUUAAUCUCCCACCAUCAAUAACAGCGUACCUAAGUGAAGUCUACAAUGACAUUAUUCCCUGGCGUCAAGUUGAUAACUAUGACUUUAUAAUUGACUUUUAGUGUUUAAGUAUGUUAGGUAAAUAUUCAAAUUUAAAUUGCCUUGAACAAAUAAUAGUCAUAUGUAAUACAUAUAGAUGACAUUUAUUUUUUUAAAGUAUAUUUAAAAAAUAAAUUUAAAUAAUUUGUACAAAUAUUCAUGGUACUUAUGAAUGUAAUACUUCGAUAUUUGAAUAUAAUAGCAUAAUAUUUAUUAUAAUGUAUAUGAGUGUUUUAUGUGUAAAUAAUAUUCCUUAAUUGUGUAUUUAUAAUAUUAUUGUAUAUUAUAUGGGUGUUUAAAUAACAAUGUGUCUUUUAAUACUUAUUUAAUUAUUAUUUUUACACACGAGAAUUAAAUGUUCUUUUUGUCUGUUUGAGACAAUAAUAAUUAUACACUUUGUGCAUAUAUAUUAUUUAUUUAAAUUUAAAUAAGUAUUUAUUAUGUACAAUGUGCCAAUGGUCGUCGUUUCAAGAUAUACAAGGACAAUUACCUUGACAUUUGUACACCCUAACAAUUUUCUUUUGCUCUUUUUUAUCUUAAUUGUUAAAAGAACAUUAAAAAGAAAUGUACAUUACAACUUUUGUUUAAUUUAAGUUCAUUUACGUAGUCACUAAACACUACGGUGCAAACUAAUACUAAAUUAUUGUAAAAAAAAGGCAGACUAUUACUAAAUUAUUUUGAAUAUUGUGCAUAUAAAAGUAAUUUCAAUACGUACAUAUGUAUUUUGUCAAAAUUCAAUAUCUAUUUUACAUUCUGUUUUUUUUUUU